AAAGGAAUGUAUUUCGUUCUUAUUGUGCUGUGUAAUGUGUUUGUUAUUCGUGCUGGCGAUUCUUUUUGUAUUUUAUCUAGCAUAUCGUGACGAUGGAUUUGGCCCUGGCAAACAAGCCUGGGGAUACAGCGAGGUACGGCCAGGUGCGUUUAUUUUUUGGUGGCUUUACUACGCUCAUUCCGUUGUUGAUGACGAUCCAGCCAACAUCGUUGAAAAGCCGCUAAUAAUCUGGCUGCAGGGAGGACCCGGUGGUUCGUCGACCGGGUAUGGGAACUUUGAGGAAAUUGGACCCCUGGAUCGGACGCUACACGAGCGGUCUCACACUUGGGUGAACGACUAUCAUGUCCUAUUUGUCGACAGUCCGGUGGGGAGUGGAUUCAGCUACACCGAAGAUCCGUCGCUGCUGGCAAGAAACAGCUCCACCGUCGUGAGCGAUCUGAUGGCUUUCCUGAAGGAUUUCUACCGCACCAUCGAGCGCGCGACUUCGAUCGAUUGGGAAGCGACCGUGCCGCUGUAUAUCGCGUCCGAAAGCUACGGUGGCCGGACGGCGGUAGAGUUUGCGUACGCGCUGGACCAAGCUGGCCGCACCGGCACGGUACGGUGCCGUUUGCGGGGGGUUUUUCUUGGGAAUGCAUGGCUCUCGCCGCUGGACAGCAUCGGCGCUUGGCCGGACUAUCUGCACCGUAUGGGUUACCUGGGCGAACGGGGCCGUAAGCGGGUCGAACGGCGUGUGGCGGCAGUGCGUGAAAAAGUGGAACAACAACAGCUAGGCAAGGCGAUGGACGGAUGGCAUACGCUGCAGGAUGUCAUCCUGGAGGAAACGGGCGGGCUCAAUUGCUACCACAUCCUUAAGCCGAGCGGAAAGGAAAAGUUCCGGAAGGACGAAAACAGUGAUGAAGUGCUCGAGUACGGAGAAACGGAAUGGUGGAAAUCACCUGAUGCGACCAGGCGCUUGAGUAGCUUAGAGGCGUUAAUGCAGGGGCCCGUCCCACAGAAGCUUGGGCUCGCGAAUCGACCACCCUGGGGAGCCCAGCAGAAUGCCGUUUUCGAUGCACUCAGUGAAGACUUCCUCCGUUCAAGCGUCGGAACUGUUGAACGCCUGCUAAACGAAACCACCAUCGACCUGAUACUCUACAAUGGACAUCUUGAUUUGAUCACUUGCCUGCCCGGGACGUUGGCGUGGAUCCGGCGAAUAUUCGGCCAGCAGGAGAAACCAUUUCACGCAACCAGAGAACCGUUUUCCGACGAUGGCAUAGAUUCCGUUGUCGAAGGAUACCGGAGUGCGUUCGGGCCAAGAUUUACUCUGUACACUGUGCUCCGUGCCGGUCACAUGGUGCCGGCCGAUAAUCCAACCGCAAUGGCACACAUCCUGCGAGCGCACAUUGCACCGACUUGAGUGAGGAGGAGUUUCGGGUGAACCAAGAAAGCGGGAACACCAGGGGUCGAUCUACUUAAAUCUUUUCCAAAGUGGUGCAAAGCUUGAACGUAUACUUUUAUUAGAGAACUCUUAUGAACAAUCGUUAGAAAUAGAGAAACGUAGAAACGAAACACAUUUCCGCCAUUCUUUAUCCUAGCACUAUUUUCCGCAGCUGGCCCCCAAUCUGAUCGAGGGUCGCUUUAUCGAUCCGCUUCAGGCCCAGCGUGAUGACAAUUUCCUCGCUCUGCCCGAUAAAGUUCAUCAGAUAG